GGCGCAUCCACACUUAUUGAUACUGACAUGAGAAAUCGAACUCGUUUAUACAUUUGUUUCUUCUUUAACGGAAAAUUGAUUUGCAAUUUUCUACAAUAAUUUAUGAUGCUUCAUUCAUUUUAUAAGUUUACCGAAGUUUUAUCCAAUAUUACAUUAAAUACAUUUAUUCGAAGGUGAACUUAUUUAGGGUUGUUUGCUUUUGCGAAAUGGACGGUAAAUGGGAGGAGUUAUAACUAAAUAGAUAUAAGUAACGUUUAUAAUCUUUCUUACUUUAUUAAAUUUCAACAAUGUUUAAUAAGUUGCUGUUUGGACGGAUAAUUACACAAAUACUAUGUGCAGCCAUAUGGCAUUGUUUAAAUCAUUAUGCUUAUCCGGAUGCAAUAUUUUUAGCAGAAAGAUUAUGUGCAGAAGUUGAUACAGAAGAAACUUUAUUCCUUUUGGCGACUUGUUAUUAUCGAUCAGGUCGAAUUAGGCAAGCUUACGCGUUACUUUCUAAAAAAGCUCCAAGCUCUGCGCAGUGCAGAUUUCUGUUAGCCAAAUGUUGUUACGAUUUAGAGAAAUAUGCAGAGGCGGAAGCAGCCAUAAUAGGGGGAUAUUAUAAACAGUUGAAAAAUUUAGAGGAAAUUGCCACACAGUUCGGCGAACAUGCUUGUUUUUCUCUUCAGAUUAUAGCAAAAAUUUAUUAUAAAAUGAUGCGUACCUCAAAGGGAAAUGAUGCCCAUAAAUUGGCUUUAAAGUUAAAUCCAUUUCUUUGGCAUUCGUUCGAAGAAUUAUGCAACGUCGGCGAAGUGGUAGAUCCUGCUAAAGUUUUUCAGUUAGAUAAGUUAGACAAUUUUGCCAUGUGCCAUGGUAGUACACCUACUCCUAAUUACGCGACCGAAUCUGAUCUCAUUCUACCUAUUAAUAAUUCGAAUGGCACACCUACGAUAAAUGGCAUUAAUGUAACUCCUGGACAAAUGACAACAGCAUCGACUAUAAUAAAUGGCAUAGGUUCUGGUAUACGGUUAUAUUCUUCCAUAGAUGAAAGUCCUCAAAGUUUACAUUAUAGUAAUUGCUCUUCGAUAUCACCAAGGGCUAAACUUCCACGAUACCGUAGUAUGUUUAGUAACACGAUGAGUCCUCUUACUCCGAGUUUUGGUAUCUUACCACUGGAAAGCAAUACACCUGAACCAACAGUUUUACCUUCGCAUACGACUCUUACAGAAGCUAACGAUCAGAAAAGUUUAGCGAAACGUGUUAGUAGUUUAAGGGCUCAUGUUGGGCAAUUAAUGUCAAGGAAAGAUACACCUUUGCAACAAGGAAAACCAGUGUUUUCACAAUCUGGAAAUACCAGUAACAGCGCGAAUAUUGUAACAGUAACGCCUACUACCCCAACACCGACACCACCAACGCUACAAGGUACUAACGUCAGACGUUCAUCCCGACUCUUCAGCCAUAGCUACUCGGUUAAGGAAAAUAAUAAAUCUCCAAACAGAAAUAAAUUUGCCACUCCUAAGUCUCCAUCUCGGAAGACGAAAGCCAGACUUUCGAAAACUAAUUUAAACAAAACUAAUUUUAACGAAUUAAAUGAGAGAAAUCGAAACGAGAAAGAGAAAAGUGAAACUAUUACAUCAGAAAAGGCUGUAGCUAGUGUAAAUGCUUUAAAUAAUCAAAGCAAUGCUAAUAUUUGUGCGGUAACGCUUCAAAAACAAUGUGCUGAAGGUUUAAUGUCACUGUUACGUGAGUUAGGAAUGGCGUAUCAACACUUGAGUCAAUUUAAUUGUACCCAAGCUGUCGAGAUACUAAGUGUUCUUCCAGCACAACAUUAUAACACAGGCUGGGUACUUUCCAUGUUAGCUCGUGCACACUUUGAAAUGGUAGAUUAUAAGAAAGCUGCUAGUUAUUUUUCUGAAGUGAGACAUUUGGAACCUCAAAGGACUGAACUUAUGGAAAUUUAUAGUACUGUUUUGUGGCAUUUACAUGCUGAAGUGCAAUUAUCCACUCUUGCACAAGAACUUGUUUCCGAGGAUCGUAAUUCACCGGCUGCUUGGUGUUCAACGGGAAAUUUAUUUUCUGCACAAACAGAACACGAGACAGCAAUUAAAUUCUUCCAAAGAGCUAUUCAGGUAGAUCCAAACUUCCCGUAUGCCUAUACGCUACUUGGCCAUGAAUAUGUGAUGACCGAAGAAUUGGAUAAGGCCAUUACUGCGUUUCGCAAUGCCAUUAGGCUCGAUCCUAGGCAUUACAAUGCAUGGUUUGGAUUGGGAACAAUAUUCUCGAAACAGGAACAAUACAGUUUGGCAGAAUUGCAUUUUAAACGUGCAUUACAAAUAAAUCCACAAAAUUCAGCAAUAAUGUGCCACAUCGGUGUUGUACAACAUGCACUAAAGAAAACUGACCAAGCUUUAAAGACUUUGAAUACCGCAAUUGCAAACGAUCCCGACAAUACUUUAUGCAAAUUUCAUCGUGCGACUAUAAACUUGUCAAUUGGUCGGCACACCGAAGCGCUUAGGGAAUUUGAAGAAUUAAAAAAUAUUGUACCCAAAGAGUCUCUAGUCUAUUAUUCGAUAGGAAAGGUACAUAAAAAGUUGGGUAACACGCAUCUUGCGUUAAUGUAUUUUAGUUGGGCGACAGAUCUGGAUCCAAAAGGUGUUAACAGUCAAAUUAAAGAAGCUAUAUCGAGUCCGGGUCAAGGUGACGAAGAAUCUCCGACCCCUCAGUCAGACGAACAACAGUUGCAAAAUAAUUCAAUGGAACAAGAGAUUGAAACUAAUAGAGAAGGAAGUGCCGCUGGCUUGGCCGCAAAUGCAUCAGUGGAAGCUCAUGCCGACGAUAGCGACGAUAGUUUAUGAAGAUAUCCAACUGUGUGCAAAAUUGCUAUAAAAUGAAGCAUUAUUGCGCGUUGUUAUUCGUAUUGAUCGGUUUGAUCCACUUCUUCGAUUCAUACUUUUCGCGUGCACUCGACAAUUUCAUUUGAAUUACCGCUUUCUCGUUAGACCUUUUUUGAUAUUCGUAUCUUUCUUAAUCUCACAGCGUUGCAUCUUUUGAAAAAUUUAGAACUCUAUUUUUUUCACGUUUUUCUGAAUUACUCUUUUUUAAAAAGAAAAGAAAAGAGGGAAAUACUUUCAAAACGAUCGGUGUUCUCUAAAAGAAAGAGAAAUUCUGCGAAACAUCCGUUUCAUCGAUUUGUACAUUACGCGUUUCUCUGUAUAUUUUUUUAUGAUUAUUUAUCUUAUUUUUUUAUAUAUAUAUAUAUACAUACAUCCAUACACAUACAUACAUAAAUAAUAGUGUUUAGUCACACUUUCGUUAAAGAUUUACGGUUCAGUACAGACUGUAUUGUAUGAAUGAGUGUAAACACAUAAGCAUGUCGUAAGUAGAUAGGAAAUAUAAUUAAUUAAUUAAGUGAAAUAAGUAAGAAGAAAGUGUAAAUGUAAAUUAUUAUUAAUAUUAUUAUUAUUAUUGUAUUAUCAAUGUUAUUAUCAUUAGUGCUAUCAGUACUAUUAUCCAUCUAAUUACCGUUGUUGAUUUAGUGAUUACGAAAACUAUUUUUGGCCAUGUGGAUGGCCAUUGGACGAUCGUGCAAUUCUCGUCAUGAAGUACACACUCAUUGAUGGGUCAAUCUUGAUCGGAACUGAUAUCAUAUAAAAAUUGUACGCGUUUUCUCACUGGGAAAAAACAUACCAUGGACAAGUGGAAAAAAUGAAUUCAUAUUCGAAACUGUUGAGCAAAGUGUCUCAAAAGUCUAUCGCAUAUCUUUAUCGAUGAAACCCUGCUAUUGUUCUAAAUAAAUGUAUUCUACAAUUA